UUUUAAAAAAAAUUAAGAAUAGUUUCUUUAUAUAUUAAUUAAUUAUUCUCUUAUAUAUAAGCGGCGACAAUAAGCCAACGCACAUAUGCAUCUGCUCGUUCGCUGCAUCGGUCGAACUACUCUUUUGAGCAGCAGCAACCCCGGCCCCCGCCUCUUCCUUCUUCCUUCUCCUACCUUUUGACGUUUCUAACUUGUUGCCAAUUUGUUCGCGCAACACAUAAAUUGAAGGACAUUUGAAGGACCAUAGAACUAAUUUAUCAGUGAUUACUUGUAUAGUAUGGAGAUGCUUUUCUAUACUUGGAUGGGUAAAAAAAGGACUUGGAGACUGUUACAUCUGCCCUCUUUUUCUUCAUUUUAUGCCAAUAUUCUAGAGAAUAUUUCUUUCAUAAUGCGUGUUAUAUAUAUUCUCCACGACCAAAUCUAUAUGAUUGAGCUACGUACCUUCUUGCGCUAAUGCAAUGAUGAUUGAAGGUGGAUGCUGUAAUUCUCAGCUCUUAAAAAUAGUUAUACGUGAGAGCGAACCGAGAGAGGAAUCAUUCAGGAUAAAAGAUGGGGAAACUAACUUAAGCAGGAUUUUCAAAGUUCCGGAUCAAAUUAUCCGUGAGGUCGGUUUACUCUCCUUCCAGCCAAAAAUUCUAUCUAUUGGUCCAUAUCACCAUGGAUCUUCACAUUUAAGUGGCAUGGAAAUGGUGAAGUUGAUUUGUCGACAUUACAUCCUCGGUUUGAUUAGUGAGAACUACUACGAUAGAGACGAAAUCAAGGGAAUAGAGAAGAAAGCAAGAAGCUUUUACGGUGAGAAUAUCACAAUGGAACCGAACAAGUUUGCUGAGAUGCUCUUGCUCGACGGAUGCUUCAUACUUGCUGCUCUCACAGGGAUGAAAGGCAAGGAGGCUGUUGAAAAUGUAUCCAGUGAAACAAGCCUGGGUGAUCUUAAACAGCACGAAGCGUUGAAUAGGCAUGACAUAGUGCAUGACCUACUUCUGGAAGAGAAUCAAAUUCCUUUCUUUGUCCUCGAGGAAAUACAUAAGCUAGCUGCAGGCAAAGGAGAAACAACAGAAUCACUUAAAGAAAAGAUUGCUACCUAUGUGAAAGGUGUGCUACGCUACUACCCAACAGCGAUCGAAAUCUCUGAGAUCCGUUGGAAAGAUUUUCACCAUCUGCUACACUUGUGCCACAUUUUCUUUCGACCAAGUCAAAAACCAGUGAAACACAACCACAAUCAAGCUAUGAUUCAAUGCUCGGACUGUGUUCCGCGCUCGCACCACGUGACGAACCAGUGGCGCCGAGCAGUACACUACCACAAAGCAGGAGUGAAAUUCAAAGUAAAAGAGUCAAGAACUCCCCAUUCUCUCUUGGACGUAACAUUCAGCAAUGGAAUAAUGAUAAUUCCACAUUUGUCUAUUGAUGCGAAGACAGAAUCUAUCUUCAGUAACCUUAUCAUGUUUGAACGGGGAUGCCCUCACGUUGGGAAAUAUAUAAAUGCAUACGUCACAUUCAUGUCGCAGCUUCUCAGCGAUGCCGAUGAUGUUGAAUUACUUGUUCGGAGAGGAAUCAUUGAGAUACUCGGUCGCGAGGAAGAGAUUUUAAAUGUUUUCAGCAGGCUUAAUGGAUUAGCUGUUUUCGAUCCCCAUGGGGAGGACUACUAUUUGAAAUCGAUGCUUCAGUCGAUAGAAGAUUACUACCGUUGCCGUCGUAAUCGGUGGAUGGCGUGGUCGAAGCACUACCUAGUACUGUAGAAAUCCUUGCUUGGCCUUAGCAGCAUUAUUAGGUUUUUUAGAUCUCUUUAGCACUAUAAUUCUGAGGCCGUUUGCUGUUCUGUCAUAUUUCAAAUUAGCGACAUUAACCUCUUUGAUAUGCAGUUUCAUGGAUGGUAAUGUUUCUUCAAUGUAA